CCACCGCGGGGGGAGGAGCGCGUCGCUAUUGGCUAGGGAGAGCGCCUGUCGCCGUCCGCCACAUGCGAUUGGUCAGCGCAGCUGGAGAAUCCGCCCACAUCCCCGGGCCGCGCUCUAGGUGCGGCGCCAAGCUGUCCGGGUCGCGGAGCCCUAAGCUGCAAAAUGGACGGAACCAGGAGGGGUUCGUGCGCGAGGUCUGAGGAGAAUGAAGAGCUGGAAGAAGAGGCGGCAGCGGCCGUUGCACGUCCUGCAGGGGUGUCCGAGGCCGAGGAAAGUUCGCGCACGGAUUCGGACUCCGACCUGGAGACAGAAGGCACCCAUGGGCUUGGAGAACUGGGCGGGGACACCCUCUACCUGGAGUCUUGUCGGACCCAUAGCGUUGUGCCUAUCUCUUGCUUUCUGCACCAAGGGAGUGCCCCAGAGCUGAACCUGCGGCACCGUGGCCUGGGGCCCCAGGGGGCCCGGGCUCUGGCUUCCUCGUUGGCCUCCAAGCCCUGCAUCAGGCGGCUAGACCUGCGGGACAAUGGGCUCUGUGGGGCUGGCGCAGAGGCCCUGGCAGCUGCCCUGAGCAAAAGCAGCAGCAUCUGUGAUGUGGACCUGUCAGAGAACCAGCUGGGAGCAGCAGGGGCCCAGGCCCUCUGUGCUGCCCUUGCGGGGAACUCAGCCGUGCAGAAGAUUCAGCUGUCAGGGAACAGCCUGGAGGAGCAGGCGGCCCAGCACCUUGCUGAACUCCUGCUGGACCACACAGGCCUGAAAUCCCUGGACCUGAGCUAUAACGAGCUGAACGACCAAGCAGGAGAGAUGCUCGGACCAGCCCUGGCAGAAAACACAGGACUCACUGAGCUUAACAUAAGCUGGAAUCACCUCCGAGGCCCAGGAGCCGUAGCAUUUGCCAGGGGACUGGAGGCAAACAUCUUCCUUAAAGUCCUGGACAUCUCGUACAAUGGCUUUGGAGAUCCUGGAGCCUCCGCGGUGGGUGAGGCCCUCAAGGCCAACAACGUGCUGGAGGAACUCAACAUGAGCAACAACCGAAUCUCUGCAGUGGGAGCGCUGAGCCUGGGCCUGGGCCUCCAGGUCAACCAGACGCUGAGAGUUCUUGUUGUGUCCAGGAAUCCCAUGCGAAGUGAGGGCUGCUUUGGUCUCCUCAAGUCUGUGCAGGACAAUCCAGCGCCUGCUCUGGAACUGCUGGAUUUCUCCGACAUCCAGGUGAACAUGGAGUUUGAUGACCUUGCUAGCUCAGUGAAGGUAAUUAUUCCUGGGCUUUGCAUAAAGACUGGUGCUCGCAGAGCGGAGUAUAAAAAAGAGUUUCUGCCAGUCUUCAGACUGUCCCUACCAGUGCCUGCCCCUUAAUGACUUUGGAGUGUGGCUUCCUCCUCUCCAGCGAGCCACUACAACUUCUACAUUGAUUGCUUUUCGACUCACGAUGCCUUGUGAUCACUCCUGUCUGCACUGAGUCCCUCCAUCAGCCGGGUGCUAAGUCCUAUGGAGCUGGCCUUCAUGAUGACUCAGACACCUGUUCUUCCUCUCUGCCCCUCUGUCCCUCUGCCUCUGGACUAAUCUGGGCCUUUAUUUGCUCUCACUCAGUCAUGUAACACAAACCCUUACUAUGUUCUGCACAUUGAGCUGGACAGGGGUCAAAGAUGCCCAAACAAGUCCCUGCCCUCUAGACAUUCAUGUUCUGGUGACCUUGGGAGACUAUUAAAAUUUCAAGAGGUGCACAACUGGCAUUCCCAAACUGUACUCAUGAGAAUUCAAACUGGUACAAUCUAUUUGAAAGGCAUUUUAUCAUUAUGCACCGAGAGUCAUAAAACUGCCUAUGUCCUUUGAUCCAAUCAUUCCACUAAUCUGCUCUGCAAAAAUAACCAGAGAUGCACAAGAAGACUGAUGUUCAUUGAAAUGCUGUUUAUAAUAAUGAAAAUUGGAUGUAUCCCAAAUAACAGGGGAUCAGUUAAGUAAGAUUUGGAACUCUGAAAACAUUAAAAGCCACAUGCUCAAGGAACAUUUAACCAUUCAUGAAAAUACACAUGAUUAAUGUUGAGGAAAUCGGGAUCCAAAAAUCACAUGGAUUUUUUGGCACUUCCUGAAAAGAUUAAUCAUAGAAUUACCAUAUGACCCAGCAAUUUCACUAAAGAGAAAUGAAAAAUGUAUGGUCCACAAAAAACUUGUACAUGCAUGUUCCUAGCAGCAUUAUUCAUAAUAUCCAAAAAGUGGAAAUGGCCACCAAUGGAUAAAUACAAUGUGGUAUAAUCCAUAUAAGGGACUAUUAUUCAGCAAUAAAAAUGAAUGAGAUUUGAGGUUAUAAAAAUGUUCUAGUCAGUCCCAGUAUAUUCACUUUAUAGCUGCUGGCAAUAUGGAAGGUUCUUUAUCUGUUUGUGUAAACCAUAAUUUCUGUCAAGGUAUCAUGGAUUUUUAAAACUGGUAUUUCAUUACAAGUGUCUCAGUGUUGGUUAAUUAAUUUUUGCCGUGACCAUUACUGAUCAAGCAAAUAAAUUCAACAGCCAUUUGGGAAAAA